GAACAAGCAGAAGAUUUAUUGAAUCAAGUAAUGGAUCCCACCUCACCCUACCAUAUACAAUCAGAAUAUCUAGUUGGAAGAUUGGUGGACUGUAUGGAGAGAAUUGAUGUGGCGAGUUCAGCUGAAGGUUGUACUUUGACCUUUGAUUCCUGGUCUUGUUGGAACUAUACACAACCAGGAGAGACUGCUCGGAGUGGUUGCCCUGGGUUCGACUAUAUGGGGUUCAUGGCGGAGAAUUUUGCAGAGAAAUUAUGUACGGCGGAGGGGGAGUGGUGGGUUCACCCACACACUAACAGAAGUUGGUCCAACUAUACGGGAUGUUUGGACCAUUCUGAUAUACGCUUCAGGGAUAGCAUUAAUAUCAUCACGGUGGUUGGCUUGAUGAUCUCCCUGGCCGCUCUCCUCAUCUCCCUCAUCAUGUUCUCCAUCUUCCCCUUCCUCAACCCUACCAGAGUCUCACUGCAUCGGAAUAUGUUCUGCUCUCUGGCACUUAACAAUAUAUCCUGGGUUGUUUGGUACUACCUGGUCCUGGUUGACCCCGAGGUAUGGCAGAGUAAUGUACCCUGGUGUAUAGGUUUACAUGUUACAACAACCUACUUCAUGAUUUCAACCUACUUCUGGGUUCUUUGCGAGGGAACAUAUCUCUACCUUAUACUGGCCAAAACAUUCAUAGAAGAGGAGGAUUGGAUAGCAGUUCUCAAGUUGUUUGGUUGGUUAGGACCUCUGCUUCCCCUGGGACUCUACUUUGGAUAUAGAAUGGUCUACGAGAACGAUAACUGCUGGAUGGAUAUGGACAAGAGUAUUUGGUUUCUAGCUGUACCCUCUGUACUCUGCAUUCUUGGCAACAUAUUUUUCCUCUACAAGGUUAUCAAUAUACUCAGACGAAAGUUGGUGUUCGAGAAUAAUUUCAACCGAAACCAUUCCAAUAUUCUGAAGAAAAGCGCACGUGCCGCGGCUAUUCUUGUUCCCAUCUUCGGACUUCAGUUCCUUAUACUGCCUAUGCGCCCAGUCCAGGGCUCCUAUCUGGAGUAUGCCUAUGACAUCAUAUCAUCUCUUUCCACCUCUACUCAGGGUUUGUCCGUCUCCAUCCUUCUCUGCUUCACAAACCCUGAGAUGAUAAAGAUCACUAGAUCCAGGCUUCAACGAGACACAACUACAAGAAGAAACAUUUCCGAGUCUAAAAAUCCCAACUACCGUUGGGCUUGUACCCAGAGCAGACCUGAUCAUAUGAGGGAAAAGAAUAUGGUUUUUCAGUGUACUAGUGUACUAGCCGGGUAG